AUGGUGUCAGGACCGGCCAGCCGAGUCAUAACCUUUGAUCGCACUGUUCGACCAGACAAAUGCCAGGAAGCCAAUGACGGCAAUCCACCCUUCACAGUAGAAGCCAUCACCCGCACGUACUUCUACAGGCACAAGGCUUACGUCAUCGUCGGAGAAGUGAACAGCUUCGCUCUGGAGUUUGUGGACUGGAUGGUCAGUCGAGGCUGCCGGAAUCUUCUUCUCACCGCAAGUCACCGAACGUUUACGGGGUACCAACGUCUCUGCCUGCAUCGGUGGCAGACAGCCGGCGCCUCGGUAGUCGUCAGCGAAGCCGACGUGUCGAUUCCGCGCGGUGCUUUGCAGAUUAUCAAGGAAGCCGAAGCAAUGGGUCCUAUUGGCGGCAUCUUCAACAUUUCUGUGUGCCAUGAAGACGGCUGGGUAGCCGAUCACGCGACUGAGGUCUACCAAACCGACUACAAGACCAAAGCCGAGGGCAUGCGGCAUCUGGACGAGAAUUCCCGAAAAUUGUGCCCGUAUCUAGACCACUUUGUCAUCUUCUCCUCAGUCUAUUCUGGUCGUGGGACUUCGGGGAGGACGUUAUCCGGUUACGUCGACUCCACGUUGGAGCGCUUGUGUGAACGCCGCGUGGCGGACGGGUUCCCCGGGGUGGUCAUCCAAUGGGGCGCCAUCGAUGAGGCUGGCCUCGCCCGCGAAGCCCCGACCCAGGAAGCGGAAUUCGAGGCAACACAGCCCCAGUAUAUUAAGUCCGCCUUGGCGGUCGUGGAGAAGUUCCUCAACCAAAACCACCCCGUAUUCUCCAGCUUGGUCAAGGCUGAAGUCACUUCAAGUUCAGAGAAGAAACCAGAAAAGAACCCGCUGGUUGACUCGGUGGCGCGAAUUCUCGGCUUUCAAGAUUCGUCGAAGCUGAAUCAUAACACCAAUCUCGGCGAGUUGGGCUUAGACUCUGUAAUGGGCGUCCAGGCACUAACAGUCAUCGAGAAAUACACCGGCCUGGCUCUGUCCGUGCAUGGAAUACGCACGCUGACCCUCAAUGGAUUGCGAGAGAUGAGCAAAGAACCACGUGCAAAUUAAACUUCACGUGAAUGCGACAACUUCUUAUUCUUUCGUCCUUUCUUUCGAGAGUGAGAUGAGUUGACUAAAAAGUCUUUUCUGCGCCACCACGGUUAAAUUCGUAAUAUUUUCAAAUAAAAUGUGUGAAACUGUU